GAUUUCAACCUUCGAGUUUUUUUAUUUUUAAUUUUUUUGACAAUGGCUAAAACAUCGACUGUGACAUUCAUCCUUUGGAUUGUCGUAGCUACUGUCGCUACGUCAUCUACAGAACCGCCUGUGUCAACCACAGAAGCUACAGCAGAUUCAACACCAACAAAACCUCCAACAUCUGGACCAACCACAGAAGCUACAGCAGAUUCAACACCAACAAAACCUCCAACAUCUGGACCAACCACAGAUGCUACAGCAGAUUCAACACCAACAAAACCUCCAACAUCUGGACCAACCACAGAUGCUACAGCAGAUUCAACACCAACAAAACCUCCAACAUCUGGACCAACCACAGAUGCUACAGCAGAUUCAACACCAACAAAACCUCCAACAUCUGGACCAACCACAGAAGCUACAGCAGAUUCAACACCAACAAAACCUCCAACAUCUGGACCAACCACAGAUGCUACAGCAGAUUCAACACCAACAAAACCUCCAACAUCUGGACCAACCACAGAAGCUACAUCAUCUUCCACACCAACAACACCACCAACAUCUGGACCAAUCACAGAUGCUACAGCAGAUUCAACACCAACAAAACCUCCAACACCUACACCAGCUUCGACAGCUACUCCACAAACAGAAACUCCACCAACAAAGGAUCCAAGUCUUUCACCAAGCACAGAAUCUUUCUCAACGAAUGCUCCCUCCACAACACCAGAACAAACAACUACAGAACCUCCAAGUGCAUGUGCUUCAAACCCAUGUCACCUUGGAAGCACCUGUGAAGAACGUGCUGACCUGAUUUACCUGUGCUUGUGUCUGGCUGGUGAAUUUUAUUAUGAGAAUCGAGGCUGUGAUAAAUCCAAGGUUUUCCCCGGACUGCUAGUCUUGAAGAGAGCAUAUGAUGACAAAAUGGCCGACAAAACAUCACAAACAUUUAAUAAGACUGCUAGAACAAUUACUGAUGAGAUUGACAAAGAGUUCAAGGGAAAAAAUGAAAAAAAUGGAUACAUUACAUCUUUACUGCUGGAGCUCAAGUAA